UGCUCAUCGUUUGCCAAACACCCUCGCACGGGCGCUGUUCCGAGUUCAAUGGAAUCAAAGCAUUCUCAAGAGCACUGGACACAAGUGGAAUCAAUCUGCUAGUUGGAGGGGAGGAAGUGGGGGAGAGGUUUAAUUUUAGACCGUUUUGUUUAACUGCCCAUGUUUAAACAGCUGAUCCGCAGCGACGAGGACGGCCACGUUCAUCCUACGCACUCGCGUGUGUGGGGGAGACAGCGAACGGCUGUCCGACAUUCGCUGCACGAUUUUCUAGGUCGUGUUUAUUUACAUUAGUUACAUUCGAAGCGAUAAAUCGUCGCCGCUCGAUACCCACGAGCCCCGUGUGCUUUUGCCCGGGUCAAUAAUUAGUACGUGCGAGCGUGUCAACAAAACAAACGGGUCUCGUCGGUCGGACCUUCCAUUAAUUUGUACUGUCGUCGCUCGGCGUAGACGCCACUCGCUGGCAACGGUUCAAUACGAGCAGGCAAAGUAAUUUAAUCGCCGAUGGCAUCUGGCCGAUGCGUCCUCUCACGCGAAAGCAAACAAUCCCUUAAUUGCGUGGUGGUGGUAGGGGCUUUUUUUAGUUGGACGGUGUCUUGAAACAUUUAUCCUUCCAAGGAUUUGUAUCAAAGGGUAAACAUUUUUGCAACAUUCCAGACACCUAAUUGUGUACGACUGCCACAAGUCUAAAACUGUGGAAAGCACACAGCAUGAGUCCGAUGCAUCACAGUUGCCAUCGCCGAGAGCAGCGGGUAUGAUGCAAUAACCGUGCUCAUAAACCACCGCUGCACAUGACUUUCAGUGUCUGUUGGCCACGGUCCAAACGGCGAACGGUUUCACAAGGAGGGUGCUGCCGCACCUGCUCGUAGCUAUUCUGUGUUCUCUCUCACUCCUUCUCGCUAACCUUUUUAAACGUAUUAGCUUCCUGGUGAUACCGAUGGGAGGCCCGCGGCUUCAAUCUCUGCCAGCUGAUCGAUCAGUCGAUCCCCGUCUGACUUACGAUCACCACCACCAUGCUGCACGAGCAUCGGCAGCGGAAACGUACGCGUCAAGCCGUAAACUGCACGGCGACCGGUCGAAGGUGUAAACAGCGGAAGUCUCCUUACACCAUCGAUUUCGAGCACUACGACAAGCACUACUUUGUGCUUCCGAUCAACAACAAGGACAAAUGGUACCGCACCUGCAACCGGCAGAUCAACCAGCAGUGGAAGCGCAUCCGAACCGAGCGGCUGAAGACGCUCGAACACUCGCCGGAAAUGCCACCGAGCCUCAUCAUUGCCAGCGGCGAGAACGAUCGCGUACAGGUCAUUGCCCUGUGUUCCAUCUCGAAAAUUCCAUCCUGCGCCCGGCGCUGCCUGCUCGAGGUGAUCGCAACGCAGGAGUACCUGUACUACCUGAACAUCGAGCACAUCUUUGUGGCGCUGCGCGAUCAGCACGUGUUUCGGGCCAAGUUCCGGUUCAGCUUUACGCGCGCCCGGGCGUACGGUGCGAUACUGGAGCGUAACGAGCCGCGCGGCGUGUCCAAAUUUAUCCUCGCGAGCGAACCGCACCGGUACGUGGUGCAGCGGUACGAAUCGUCGGAGGAGGAGCUGUACGCGCGGCGACAAAACUGCUACUACUACUACUACUACAACGAGGAGGAAGACGACGACACGUAUCAGGAUUACUAUAGCUGCAAGAAGCGGAUCGCGUACGAUGGUCCACCACCACCGACCUCGAAUGAACCGUACCUGGUGGUACCGAUCCACCGGCAUCCGGAGCUGAAGGAGCAGUGCGUCCGGCUAAUAAACACCGAGUGGCCCCGGUCGCGCAUGGCCCGGUUCUGGAGCUUCGAAACAUCCACCGACAUGCUGCCGAUCACGCUCGUGCUGACGCAGCUAAUCGACGAAACGGUGACCGUGCUGGGGCAUGCGAAAGUGUCGCCCGUGCCGGCCGACGACACCUCCGCCUACGUGGAAUCGGUCGUGGUGGACUAUCGCUAUCGGGGACGGGGCAUCGGCACCCAUCUGAUGGAGGAGGUCGAGAAGUACUGCAAGGUGAUGAUGAACAUCAACCACAUGUACAUCGCGACGGACGGGCAGGAGGUGUUCUACGCCAAGCUGGGCUACAUCUUCUGCAAGGCGAUCAACAUCUUCGGCACGCGGUCGACGCGCAACACGGUCAGCAAGAAGCACUGGAUGCGCAAGGUGCUGUCCGACUGGGAACCGUACCCGAUGGGGUACGGGGACGAGGUGCCGAGCGAUCCGGUCGGUAGCACGCUCGAGGUGGAGACCGGACCGCCACCGGAGAAGCUGUGCGUCGACCAGCUCAUCUGGAACAUUCGCAACAUCGUGUACAACCAGACGAGCGUGACGCUCCGGAAGCACAAGGCGGCGUACAAGGGCGAUGAGAUCGUGUACGAUUUGCUGCUGAAAAUGCAUGCCAUUUAGGGGGGGGGGGUUAGUUAAAAGCGCUGGGAGUUGUUGUAUUUGCAUGCGGAGAAUUAUUAAAGAAUCGUCCUGAAACACAA